AAUGAAGAUUAAUGACCAUCGAUAAGUGAGAGGUAUAUAUUCCUACCUCCCGCGCUCGAAUUCUCCACUCGAAUUCUCCAUUCAAGUGUACAAUGUCUACCCGCAAGAACCUCGGCACCCCUCGACAGGUUCUCACGAACUCGUUCGUAAUAUCCAAGCUCCCUAAGACGCAAUAUUGGCAGUACGAAGCGAUCACCGGGGCCGUCGGAGUGUUGAAGAAUCCUCGGAGACGGAUAGAGGUGAUGGAGAGACUUCAAAAUCACACCAACGCUAGAUUGUUCACUCCUCGCUGUAUCUACGACGGCGCUGUGAUUCUGUAUUCAACCCACGAGCUUCAAUUGGCUGGCGGUGAUUCCCAGACGUUCGAUGUCAACAUGUCCGAUAAACCGCGACUGGAUGGGUCUGCCCCAACACGCGGUGCACUUCAAGUGUCGCUGAAGAAAGUCUCCGCGGAAACGAUCAACUUUAACGCUUUGCAGGAUUUUAUCGAUGGACGACAGAUGAAACAGACGGCUCAACUGAUCCUCCGCCAGGCACCGAAUUUAAAAUAUCCAAACAAUACCCGCGCAUUCUUCACCAAAGACGCCGGCAUACAGGGCAUUGGUGGAGGCUUAGAGUUAUGGCGCGGAUACUUCCAGAGCGUUCGCCCAACCAUCGAAAAAGUGUUGGUGAACAUUGACGUGUCGACGGCCGUCAUGUUCAAGGAGGGUAGUUUCCAAUCCGUUGCUCUUGAUGUUUUGAAAGCAGGUGACGUUCGCGCGCUGGACCUCCGCCCAGAUUCGGCCCAAUUUCGACAAUUGAAAAGUUUCUUCAAAGGCGUUUUCGUCACCCUCGUCCACCGACCGGGUCACAAAAAAAUUCGAGGCCUAGUUCAUAACGCCGGCAAUUAUCAGUUCGAUAACACGACGGUCAAGGAGUACUUCAAGAAGGUUCAUGGUUGCACACUCCGUUAUCCAAACAUUAUUGGUGUACAGGUGGGCUCGAAGGACCGCGACGAGGUGAUACCCGCGGAGAUGUGUAUUAUUGCGCCCAAUCAACGAUACACUCGCAAACUUCCUGCCGAAUUCUCGUCAUUGAUGGUAAAGUUUGCGUCCAAGAAUCCCGGGGAACGUCUGGCGCUCAUCAGCGCUGGUAUUAAUAAUUCGAUCACGACCGACCAGCGCUCUGCGCUCGACUACCAGAACUCGCCGUUCAUGCAGGACGCUGGCAUUACAGUUCUGCCCGACCCGAUUUCUGUCAACGGGCGUAUCCUCCCAACGCCGUCAAUUUACUACGGAAAUCUCUCCAGCAGCAGUUCAGUAGUUCCGCGAGACGGUUCCUGGAACAUGAUUAAUCAAACUUUUCAUGAACCGAAGAGUUUGACAGCCUGGGCGAUCGUGAAUUACACACGAGUCAACGACAACACCAUCAAUCGGUUCGUCGGCACGUUGAUCAACGCCUGCAAAAAACUCGAUGUAUCCCCGCCUGUCACGAGUCAAUCAGGUUCCGGCGCGUCAUCCGUCGUAAAGGACAUGCGGUCCAUCGGACAAGACGUCAACAACAAGACGAAAAGAUUACCAGAGCUUGUGCUGGCUAUCCUUCCAGUAAGCUCUGCGGAUAUUUAUAUGGUUAUCAAACAAUUCGGCGACGUUCACGCUGGUGUGCCAACGCAAUGUGUCCGAGAGAACAAGAUCGCGAAGGCCAACGACCAAUACUGCGCGAAUCUGGGGAUGAAAAUUAAUGCGAAACUCGGAGGCGUCAAUUCGCUUCCAAGGUCAGGUGCGUUAGAGAAGCUCACCAAUGCUCCUUUUAUGAUCAUGGGUGCCGAUGUGGGGCAUCCCGCACCUGGCAUGAAGAAUCAGCCCUCUGUGGCAAGUCUCGUUUGGUCGUACGAUCGGUAUGCUGUGAAGUAUGAGGCUAUGAUGUCCAUCCAACACCCCCGGCAAGAGAAAAUUGACGAGUUGAAGUCGUUGGUUUAUGCCGCGCCAGUGCGGAUUAUCUUUUUCCGCGACGGCCUUUCCGAGGGAGAAUACAGCAUCGUUGGGAAGGAUGAAAUCGAGGAUAUUGAAGGAGCGAUCGAAGACAUCUGGCGCGACAAGAAGUUGAAGAUGGAUAAACCAGAAUUGACAUUCAUCGUCGUAGGCAAACGACACCACGUCCGGUUCUUCCCGAAGAGCAGGAACGAAGCGGACAGGUCUGGAAACUGCCCCGCAGGGUUCGUCGCUGAUAAGGGUGUCGGCAACCCUGCCGUACGCGACUUUUACCUCCAGUCGCACGGAGGCAUUCUCGGAACGAGCAGACCAAGCCACUAUAUCACGCUCCGGGACGACAUUUAUAAAAACAACACCGACGAGUAAAUCCGCAUCUCCUCGUUGUAUCGUAUAACCCCCUCACCUUGUUUCAGUUUGCAGGAACUUGCGUUCACGCUCUGCCACGCAUACGCUCGCGCGACCCGUUCGGUAUCGAUUCCUGCGCCUGUGUAUUGUGAGUCAUAUAUACCACGUAACGCCGUGGACUGGUUCUAACACACUUCCCUCGCAUACAGAUGCUGAUGCAAGUACCACAUCUGUCGUGCCCAGUUAUUGUGCUCACUCUUCAUUCUUUGAUAGAUCGUCUGUUCGCGUGGCGCGUUCCAUUUUAACCCCGCUAUGGGUUACGACGCUGCCACCAUUUCUAGCGACGAGGACGCCUUUGACCUCGACCGCUGGAGGAAGAGCUUCAAAGACAGGCACUCGAACCUGGCUAAAAAGAUGCAUUUCAUGUGAUAGGCUUGGCAGUGAUACUUUU